CGAACUAAAAAAGGUUCAUUCGAGACAUUUCGAGUUCCACAAUCGGACCUCAAAUCAAUUUUUGAAUCCCUACAACAAUCUUCCAUUUUCUCAAAAACUCCCAUCGAUCUAUAUCGCCAUUACCGAUGCAGAACCCAAUCACUCGCAGUUUGAACAAGCUUUGGAACGGGGUAGCAACAACUGUAGCAAGCCGGAGUAUAACAAAUCAUCAAUGGCGGUCGUACAGUGUAAUCCCCAUGGUGAUAGAGCAUUCAUCGCGAGGAGAGAGAGCCUACGACAUCUUCUCUCGACUCCUUAAAGAAAGGAUUAUCUGUAUCAACGGCCCAAUUUCCGAUGACACAUCACACGUCGUCGUAGCUCAGCUUCUCUACCUCGAAUCCGAAAACCCUUCUAAACCCAUCAACAUGUACCUCAACUCCCCCGGCGGAGCCGUCACUGCAGGUCUUGCAAUAUACGAUACAAUGCAAUACAUUCGAUCUCCGAUCAAUACAAUAUGUUUAGGCCAAGCUGCAUCAAUGGCUUCUUUGCUGUUGGCUGCUGGUGCAAAGGGUGAAAGGCGAUCUCUUCCUAAUGCCACCAUCAUGAUUCAUCAACCUUCUGGUGGAUACAGCGGGCAGGCUAAAGACAUGACGAUUCACACGAAGCAGAUUAUUAGGGUUUGGGAGUCUUUGAAUGGGCUUUAUGCAAAGCAUACUGGACAAAAUGUUGAUGUGAUUCAGAAGAAUAUGGAUAGGGAUUGUUUUAUGACUCCUGAAGAGGCGAAAGAGUUUGGGAUUAUAGAUGAAGUGAUGGAUGAGAGGCCCUUGACUUUGGUUACUGAUGCUGUUGGAAGUGAAGGGAAAGGAGUGAAAUUGGAUUGAAUCGAAUGCAGGAAGCGGAUUUCUUUGAAUGGUUAUUGAAUCUUGAGUAUCACAUGAUAAUACAUACAAAAAAGGAAAAAUGAAUAUCAGUGUAAGACAAUUCGGCUGUUUAACAUUACACUUUCAUUUGUGUUAUGGCUUAAACGACCCAAUACUAUCAUCUUUGAUUGUUGUCGGUGUCUAGCAAAUGG